UUCAAACUAAAUUUCUGGGCGGCCUGGGCAUGUUAUAGCUGAACAUGUUUUCACUCCUUGGCUGCUUAGAACUUGGAACUCGGAAGCCCCAACAGUCAGUCAUGUUUGCUCAGAUUUUCUAAUACUGUUACAUCACUACAACCUUGGAACCGUGGGGCUAUGUCGAGGCAUCAAAGAUGGUGAUGACAAGUUCGCGCUUUUAGAUUGAAGGAAGGAUUUUCUGUUUCUCUUUUUAAUUAUCAAUCAAUUGUCAUAUUUAAAUGAUCAUUCGUUUGUUCAUUCAUGAGGCGCAUCUUACUUCGCAAUGGACGUUGAGAAAAAGAGACCAUGGUCUUCGCGACUAUCAUUCUUUCGCACCAAACGGGCAAUAUUUACUCUGACCCUGUUGGUGAUAGUUUCGGUUGUGUUAAUAGCUCUCGGUGCGACUCAUGUACUCCGACCCGACUCUAAACACGACAGCGAUAAUAACAACAACAACGACAAUAAUGACAACAAUAAUAGUAGCCUUGGCGAUGAUCAACAACUUAGCGACAUAAAUACCACAGCUGAUGGUAUUAUGUCCGCAAUAGGAACAUGGAAACCGGAUAAUUCAAGCAGCAUAGCAGAAGGUGUGCCACUGCGCAUCAUGUCGCUUGGUGCCUCGCUAGUUCGAGGCGAAUUCUCAACCGAUAGCAAUGGCUUCCGCUUGACGAUGCGCGAUCAAUUGGUUGCGCUUGGCGCUUCUGUGAACAUGGUUGGCUCUCAAAGAUUUGGCGAAAUGCUUGAUAACGAUCUCGAAGCGUACGGUGGUAAUCGGGUCAGCCAGACCUAUGAGCAUGCGAUUAAUAUUGUGCCUCAGCUACAGCCGAACGUGUUCCUGAUUCAGUCGGGAACAAAUAACGUGCUUCAAAAUCGUGAUGUCGACAAGGCCGGCGCAGAUAUAGAGAAACUUAUCGACUACCUGCUAAAGACCUCGCCGCGGUCGACUGUAAUCUUCAGCACGUGUCUAACCAACACGGUUGCAGAUUGCGAGCCCAAGAUUCUAGAUGUCAACCAACAAUAUCGCGAGCUCAUCAAGAAGUAUAAAUCGAAGCCUGUGUUGCUAGCCGAGAUGCAUCCUAGCGAAGGGUUCCCCGACAGACCACAAGUCGCGGACAUUGGAGAGGAUGGCACACAUCCCACGGAUCACGGAUAUGAUUUGAUGGGAUAUAUCUUCACGAAAGGUAUUCAAGAAGCGGACAGAAAAGGGUAUCUUCGAUGGCCAUUGGAAAACGGACUUGAAAGGGACGGAGAUGCUGGGCGAGCUGAUGCGACUACGACGACAGAAGAAUUGCCGCCAGCGACUUCAACGGCUUCAAUUGGCACCACGAAAACUAGUACGACGAUUGCCUCAGUAGCUACAUCAUGAAUUCUGGGGUCGAAGACUCAACAUACGAUGAUAUCGUACCUUACCAUAUCGUACCAGUAAUUGCAUAGAGAUCUGCUAUUGGCAUCACCCGUCCAACGGAGUUGCACACAUUUUGAUAGGAUGGCAACGAUUACCGGAGAUCUACGAUAAUUGGAAACUUGGCUUCGAUGAUCUUGCGAUUUCUGGGGAUUUUAACUACUCAAGCCGGGUAGCCUUGCCAUUGAAAAUGAGGUUAAAGGUGUCUCAAUCUUGGCAAACCUGGACAUAAAAGGUCGCAGCGUCGUGUCGAAAAAAAGAGACCAGGAUCUUGAAACAUCGUGUAAACCCACCAAAACUAGCGAAUGGGUCGACAGCAUGAUAGCCUCACAAUUAGCUACAUCGUUGUGAUAUCGCAACUAGAUACCAUAGCUGAAUAAAUUUAUCUAGGUAAUUAGAGGUAUGGUUUUCAUAUUCAGCUUUA